UGCCCGUCCCGCUCCUGCUGCUCCGGGUUCUGGGCAGUCGGGCGGCCGUGUCCGGGGGCCGGCACCUGAGGCGGGGGGCGCGCUGGGCCGGGGGCCGCCUCUCCCUCCUGCUCCGGCGGCUCUGGGACUAUCUGACGUCCGACCAGUUCCGGGAAGCCGUGCUCAGCUGUGUGCUCUGCCUGCUCAGCCUGGCCAGGAAGGAGACCACCUCGAGCCGCCGGUAAAUCCCCGACGACUGUCACAGUGACCGCCAUGAGGAAGCCGCAGCCGUUUACUAUUGGAACCAGACUCUCUAUCCCGAAAUGUCCGGAUUUAUCUACUACCUCCAGCCCCGGGAUGGACGCAGCGUCUCCGAGCGAACGUGUCUCUCGUUACCCGUCCCCUCAGCGGGGGUCCGGCCUCUCUCACAGUCCUGACAAUCCCAUAUGUCCUGGAUCUCUGGUGCGGUCCAUCAAAAAGAUCACCCUGUCCCUACAGGCGGAGGGCGCGGCGCGGAGGGAGGGCACUGGGACCAUGAGCCCCCGGCUGCUCGCCAGAACCUCGUAUGGGAACUGUAAUAAUAACAACAGCCGGAGGCUGGCGCACAUGGUACCGGGCGCCGCUGAUCUCCCAUGUGACUGGUCUGUACGGGAUCCCAGGAUGGUAAUCUGCGCGCCAGAAUGUCAUAAGACGGCCAAGUGUCCUGGAGACCCCUGUGAUUCUGCCCUGGGUGACAGUGUGAGGAUAGUGCCCUCUACUGGAAUCGGGAGAGCCUCCAGAGAGCCCCCCGACACUGAAAAGCUCAACCAGAAGAUCGAACAGGUGGAUGAUCAGGUGUCCCGGACUCCAUCCGCAGCCUCCGUCCACCCCCAACUCCAGACUCUGAAGGACCAAUGGCAUCUGCUGAAGCAGGCAGCCGCCAAUCAGGGCUGCGCAGUGGGCGGGGCUACGACUCUGCUGGAGUUUAAUAAGAAGGCGGAUGAGCUGGAGAUGUGGAUGAGAGAGAAGGAGGAGAUCCCCCCCCUCCAUGUCCUCCUGGACCAGAACCUUGACAAAGUUCACAUAACCCGCAAAAUCCUGGAUCUGAAGCAGGAGCAGGUCCAUUACUGCAGCCUGCAGGAGAACGUCAGCCGCCUCAGCCAGAAGCUGGAGAAGCAGGGGCGCCCGGAGAGCCGAGCCGCGUCCGCCCGCCGCAGACACCUCAACCGCAUGUGGCUGCGGCUUCAGACCGCACUGCAUGAGCAUCACCAGAGUCUGCAGCUGGCACUGGAGGCGGCAUCACUGUGGCAUCAAGCAGACUCCAUCGAGAGAGCCAUCGAGGAGAAGAGCCGCUGUGCAGAGCUGAGGAGCAGAGAUCAGGAUCUGAGGGACAUCGCCGGCCAGGUCAUGAUGUUUGACGUCUCCGUCUCCCAAGUCUCCAACCUCCAUCCUCUGCUGUCGUCCAGAGCCCGGCACAGGCAGCGGCAGGUGAAGGAGCGAUGGGCCCGCCUCAGGACCGAGAAAGCCUCAAGCAGCGCCGCGUCCACCGAUCCCACCGGAGACGCCAGCGACCAUGUGACCUGCGGCAGCGUGGGAAGGGGGCAUCAGGCAGAGAACAGCGCCCCCCAGCGGCGGCCCGGGAGUCAGGUGAUCGACCAGCGUCCGACCAAGAGGUCAGUGACCUGCGAGACACAAGCCAAUCACCAGCUUCAGGGACCACCCGAGACCCCCGAGGACAGACAUCUUCUCCGGGAGCUCGCCUCUACAUCGCAAUGGCUGCAGGGGGUGGAGCUGCUGCUGUCGGAGCCGGCCGCCAUGAGAAGCCCCGAGCUGAUCCGUAAGGACCUGAAGCAGGUGUCUCUGCUGGAGAGAGAGCUGAGGUCUCGGGGUUCAGCUCUGCAGCGCCUCCGCGGAAAGAACAGGAAUAGUCAGAAGGCAGAAUGGAGUGUGACUGAGGAGAUGGAGGUGAAGGUCCAGGAAGUGGAGGAGAGGUUUCAGACGCUCCAGGACGUGCUCCAGCGGCGAGUCUCUGAUCUGAGGGACACACUGGUGCUGUCCGAAUUCAUGAAGGUCGUACAAAUGGAGGAAGAACGGAAGAAGAAGGAAACGGUUCAGGAGACGUCGCGAGGUGUCGCCCGGAGUGACCCUGAUGUCCUGGCUGUGGACAGAACGAAGACGUUCACCCCGUUAGAGGAGCUGCAGGAAGCGGUGGAGAUGCUGAAUGAUGCCGUCAAGGAGAGAGAGCGAGCGCUAGCAGCCACCAGAGAGGACGCAGAGCUAGAGAGCAGGGUCUCAGGAUUGUCACAGACGACGGCGGCCGCCCGCACCAAACUCCACGACAUCUGGUCCCAGCUGGAGGCAGCGGAGAAGGAGAUGAUGGCGGUGAAGGGGGAGAUGGAGCUGCCGGAUCUGCAGGGAGUCAUCAGUCAGCAGCAGCAGGUGGAGGCAGAGAUGUCAGACAUAAUCGACCUGCAGGUGAGGAGGCUGCAGGAGCGGAGGGAGCAGCUGGAGGGCGUGUGUCCGGCCUGGAGACUGUCAGCAGACAAUGAGGAGGCAAUGAGGACACGGACCGACUUACAGACCCUAGUCCAGAAGAACCAGGCACGGCUACAGAGGACAAAGCGGCUGCGGGAGUUCUUCCUGCUCUACCUGAGGAUGAUGUCAGUGUUAGAAAAUAUAAAGGAGACCCCCGAGAUCUGUAUAAUCUCCUCCUCUGCUCUGUAUCAUCUCCUCCUCUGCUCUGUCUUCUCUGUAUCAUCUCCUCCACUGCUCUGUGUCUUCUCUGUAUAA